GUGGUAUUUCGAUUUUGAAACUUUGCACGACACUGUUAUUAACCGUUUUGACUUUGACGCGCGCGGCUCGUGCUGGGACAGUAUUCGCGUAGCACUUACGCAUGCCAAAAAUCAUAUCAAAUUAAAUAAAACGAUCAAAUGUAAUGCGCAUGCGCAGCGGAGUUUGUGAGUAAUUAGUCAGAAAAGUGCUUGAACGUUAAAUUUUGUUUUCGAAAAGUGGUGAAAAUAGUAAACUUCAGUAUUAUUAAUAAUUAAAAGAAAAAAUUUUGUGCACUAAAAAACCGCUUACAGCAUAAAAUAAAUUUGUAUUUUAAAUUAUAGCUAAAUGAGUCAGCAGCUUUCAAGUAUAAAGUCAAAUAAAAAUGCUUAGAAAUUAAUCAACUGCGUUGCUGCAAAAAAACUGUGGCACUUUAAAGAAAUAUCGUGAAAAAAUUUAUGCGAAUAAUCCUUUCAAAUUUUUUCCCGCCGUCAAGUAAAUUUUAUACGAUUAUUAAAACUUAGUGCGCUUAUAUCCGCUGAACUUCACCUAAAAUUCCAUUACAUAUGCAUGUGGUGCAAGCAAAUGAAAUAACAAUACCUCAGUGAAGAGUAGUCUGAAAAAGUAAAAAAAAUUAAAACCAAAGCAGAAAAUUAAAAACAAAAAAAUAAACUCAAAAAUUGUUACGAUAAUAAAAUUAACUCGACGUAAACCGUAAACGACCGCUAAAUUUUUUACUUAUUUCAAUAAUAAUUUAAAUUAUUGUAGAACAUCAAAAUUCAAUCUUAAAAUAUUUGCCUUUGAUAAAGUGACAAAAAAUGCGGAAAGCGUUGCAAUUGUGAAAAUUUGAGAUUUGUUAAAAAAUUUUAAAAAUUUCGUUUUAAAACUUUUAUGUGCCUCUUUAAAGCCCUAAGUGCUAUUUGAAAAAAUUUAAAGCUUAAUUGCCACUUGCAGCAUGUUGCGCGUUUUUAAAGGCAGCAUUGCCACUGCAAAUAAAUUUACACUUUCGUUAAAUGCUGUUACAAUCGCGCUGCUUUUUAAUAUUGUGUCAAGUGCUGAGAAAAAUUACAAUAGUGCUUAUAAUGAAGUUAUCACGCCCGAUUUGAAGAACGCUAUUACAAAGGAGCUGCCGAAGGAGUCGAAAUUCUUCGAUGAGCUAGAUCUGAUUCCGCAGUCUUGCCGCUUUCGUGGACACAAAUUCGAAUGUGGUCUUUCUAUUUCGUGUGUGUUGGGCGGCGGCAAACCGCUUGACCUCUGUUCGGGCGGCAUGAUCUGGUCGUGCUGUGUGGACAAAGAUCUCGACGCUGAGGACACGCACGCAAGUCAAGUGAACAAUACAAGUGACAUCAUACAUUUGCACGACAUCUAUCCCGACUUGGCGGGGCACAACAAACACCCACCGCAUAGCAGUCUCAGCAGCAGUGCACAAUUACACAAUUUACAUAAUAGUCAUGGCGCAACGCAAAGCAGCAACGUACAUACCACCAACAUAGCAUCGCAUAACACGCUGAGUGCCUCACGACCGCCAGUUCAUCACUACCCCACCGUCAUCAGUAAUCAUCAGUACCAAAUAACGCAAUCGCUGUACACAACGAAGCGACCCUACAAGCCGCACAUCUAUCGACCGGGAGCGACGGGUGGUGGCGCUGUGGCACAAUCAAGUAGCUGGGAACAUGAAUCAAAUCAUCUGGGCGCUGGCAUCACCAAUCAUUUGGACACUUUCUUCGAUGUGGAACGACCACCCACACAUUCGGCGGAGAGCGGCCCGCAUGAGCUUUUGCCGCAUCCACAGCCCUUCGCGGUGGGCAAUGUAUUGGAUUUGAAUGCGGGCGAAGCGGUUGAGGAUUACAGUGGCGGUGGCGGCGGUGUUGGAAUUUAUGCCGACGGAACAACGUAUCGACCAGUGCCGGGUUGCGGUGAGGUCUACGCGCGCUCAAAUCGUAUUGUAGGUGGUCAUUCGACCGGCUUCGGUUCACAUCCCUGGCAGGUGGCGCUUAUCAAGAGUGGAUUUCUCUCGCGCAAACUUAGUUGUGGUGGUGCGCUCGUCUCUAAUCGCUGGGUUGUCACAGCGGCGCAUUGUGUAGCAACAACGGCAAACUCGAAUAUGAAAAUCCGCUUGGGCGAAUGGGAUGUACGUGGACAAGAUGAGCGACUUAAUCACGAAGAAUAUGGCAUUGAACGCAAGGAAGUGCAUCCACACUACAAUCCAGCAGAUUUCAAGAACGAUUUAGCGCUUAUAAGAUUGGAUCGUAAUGUUGUCUACAAACAGCAUAUAAUACCGGUAUGUUUGCCGCCGCCAGCCACGAAGUUGGUGGGCAAAAUGGCAACAGUAGCUGGUUGGGGACGCACGCGGCAUGGACAGAGCACGGUGCCCUCAGUGCUGCAGGAAGUGGAUGUCGAGGUGCUGUCGAAUGAUCGUUGUCAGCGUUGGUUCCGUGCAGCGGGUCGUCGGGAAGCUAUACACGAUGUCUUCCUCUGUGCCGGCUACAAGGAGGGUGGACGUGAUUCGUGCCAAGGCGAUUCUGGUGGUCCGUUAACACUGUCGUUGGAUGGCCGUAAAACGCUUAUCGGUUUGGUGUCGUGGGGUAUCGGCUGUGGGCGUGAACAUCUGCCUGGCGUUUAUACGAAUAUACAGAAAUUUGUGCCGUGGAUCAAUAAAGUGAUGGCCAAUGAUAAUGCGUAGUGCUGCGUGGACUCACACUUGCCAAAGACUGCAGUGCACUCUGAUAUGCCACCUGAGUCGUUAUGUAACGAUAUCCUAUUGCGUAUUUUAUUCGCUAAAUUAUCACUUUUCCAACUUAAACUCUGCCCGCGUCAUAUUUAUUGAACAAUUCACGCUUUUUGAUCAUGAAUUUUGUAAUUAUAAGUAACGUUUGGUUACUAAAAAUAUCUUCAUUUACCGGGACAUUUUAAAAAUACAAAUAUGCGAUUAAGUAUUGUAAUAAUUUAUACUAAAUUAAGAACAUUUUGUACGAUUUAUUAAUAUUUAAGUAUUUAAAAAUAAAGUUAAAUGUAAAUAAAAGU